AUGAGGCUCGCGGCGCUGGGCUUCCCGGGCCACCCCCGCCCAGAAGCCGAGGCUGUCGCGGUGAAGCUGGAGGACCCGGAGGAGGACAGCGAGGCCGCCCCGGGGGACCCGGGCCCUGAGGCCGCGCGCCAGCUGUUCCGGGGCUUCCGCUACCGGGACGCGGCGGGGCCGCGCGAGGCCCUGGCCCGGCUCCGCGAGCUCUGCCGCCGGUGGCUGCGGCCCGAGGCGCGCUCCAAGGAGCAGAUGCUGGAGCUGCUGGUGCUGGAGCAGUUCCUGGGCGCGCUGCCCCCCGAGAUCCGGGCCUGGGUGCAGGGCCAGCGGCCGGGCAGCCCCGAGGAGGCCGCCGCCCUGGUGGAGGGGCUGGGGCAGGAGCCAGGAGGGCCCCGGAGAUGGGUGACCAUCCAGGUACAGGGCCGGGAGGUGCUGUCAGAGAAAGUGGAGUCCCCCGGCUCCCAGCCCCUCCCGCAGGUCCAGCCCCAGACACCAGAGCCCGGGCCUGAACUGCGCUCUGGAGCCCCACAGGAGCCACCACUGGGCCUGCGGGUCAAAGAGGAGCCCCCUGCAGCGGAGGACCCAGGGCUUCUGGAUUCCCAGCCCUUCACCCCCGCCCAGGAGGCUGCACCUGCUCUGCUGCCAGAGGAGACCCAGGGCUGCGGGCUGGCACUGGACCGGGACUCCCCCCUCAGUGAAACAGGGCCGGAGGGGGCCCCCGGGAGGGAGCACCCCGGGGCCGUGUGGCAGGACGCCGCUGGGGAUGUGUUCUCCCCAGGCGCCCGGCCCAGGUCCCGCCUGGCAAGCAGCCUCCGAGGUGCUGUCCUCGUACUGUCUUCUCUGCUGGGCCGUCCCGCCCCCGGGGCAGCGAGACCCGCUGUCCCGGCCGUCCCCCAGCGCUGUCUCUGUGCAGCUUCUCCGAGUUGUCGCUUGUCCUCAUGGCUGAAGGGGUGGGUGGGGACGGGGCCAGGACAGCGGGGCGCCCCCGGAGGGCCAUGGGGGUCCGGCCUCCCCAUGGACAGCGUCGCCGCGGACCCAGACCCCGAGCGGCCUCACCUCCGCGCGCCCUGGGACCUCGCGGGUGCGCUGCGGCCGGCGUCCCGCCAAGACGGCCCCGCGGCCGAGGACCCCCGGCGGGGCGGCCGCUGCGACGUGUGCGGGAAGGGGUUCAGCCAGCGCAGCAACCUGCGGCGGCACCAGAAGAUCCACACGGGCGAGCGGCCCUUCGUGUGCGGCGAGUGCGGCCGCGGCUUCAGCCGCAGCUCGCACCUGCUGCGCCACCGGCUCACGCACUCGGCGGAGCGGCCGUUCGCCUGCGCCGACUGCGGCCGGGGCUUCGCGCGGCCCGCGCGGCUGGAGGAGCACCGGCGCGUGCACACGGGCGAGCAGCCCUUCGCCUGCGCCGACUGCGGCCAGCGCUUCCGCCAGCGCGCCAACCUGCUGCAGCACCGGCGCGUGCACGGCGACCCCCCGGGCCCCGGCCCCGCGCGCCCCGCGCGCCCCGCGCCCGAGCCGCCCGGGCCCUUCCCGUGCAGCGAGUGCCGGGCGAGCUUCGCGCGGCGCGCGGGGCUGCUGGAGCACCAGGCGCUGCACACGGGCGCCAGGUCGUUCGGCUGCGCGGAGUGCGGCGAGCGCUUCGGCCGCCGCUCGGUGCUGCUGCAGCACCGGCGCGUGCACAGCGGCGAGCGGCCCUUCGCCUGCGCCGACUGCGGCCGCAGCUUCCGCCAGCGCGCCAACCUCACGCAGCACCGGCGCGUGCACACGGGCGAGCGGCCCUUCGCCUGCGCCGAGUGCGGCCAGGCCUUCCGCCAGCGGCCCACGCUCACGCAGCACCUGCGCACGCACACGGGCGAGCGGCCCUUCGCCUGCCCCGACUGCGGCCGCCGCUUCAGCCAGCGCCUCAAGCUCACGCGCCACCAGCGCACGCACACCGGCGAGAGGCCCUACCCCUGCGGCGAGUGCGGCCGGGGCUUCACGCAGGUCUCGCGGCUGACCGAGCACCAGCGCAUCCACACGGGCGAGCGGCCCUUCGCCUGCGCCGAGUGCGGCCAGCGCUUCCGCCAGCGCGCCAACCUCACGCAGCACCGGCGCAUCCACACGGGCGAGCGGCCCUUCGCCUGCCCCGAGUGCGGCAAGGCCUUCCGCCAGCGGCCCACGCUCACGCAGCACCUGCGCACGCACCGGCGCGAGAAGCCCUUCGCCUGCCCCGACUGCGGCCGCCGCUUCCACCAGAGCACCAAGCUCAUCCAGCACCAGCGAGUCCACAGCGCCGAGUAGGCCGGCUGCAGGCGCCGGGCGCGCGGGACCCCGGGGGCCGGGUAAACGCCUCAGUAACGGCUGCCUGUGUCCCCACUAAGUGCUCGGUAAAGGCCGCCAGUGUCCCCACUAAGCGCUCGGUAAAGGCUGCCAAUGUCCCCACUAAGCGCUCAGUAAAGGCCGCCAGUGUCCCCACUAAGCGCUCGGUAAAGGCCGCCAGUGUCCCCACUAAGUGCUCAGUAAAGGCCGCCUAUGUCCCCGGUAAAGCUCAGUAAAGGCUGCCAGUGUCCCCACUAAGCCUCAGUAAACACCGCCGGUGUCCCCACUAACCUCAGUGAAGGCCACCAGUGUCCCCAGUAAGUGCUCAGUAAAGGCCACCAGUGUCCCCAGUAAGCGCUCAGUUAAGGAUGCCAGUGUCCCCACUAAGCGCUCGGUAAAGGCCGCCAGUGUCCCCACUAAGCGCUCGGUAAAGGCCGCCAGUGUCCCCACUAAGCGCUCGGUAAAGGCUGCCUGUGUCCCCACUAAGCCUCAGUAAAGGCCGCCGGUGUCCCCAGUCAGUGCUCAGUAAAGGCUGCCGGUGUCCCCACUAAGCGCUCGGUAAAGGCCGCCAG